UUCGACAUUUCUUGUUUAAUUUGUCUAUUGGCGUCUUAUCUGUGAUAUCCAUGAUUCAUAACCCCAGUUCCCUAUUUAGAAUUCCAUUUUGUUAACUUUCGCCCCUUGCGUUCUAUUUUAGGACACACGCAUUCUUUUACUUGGGUACCAUACACUGCUUUUCAUGAAAUGGCUCGAAAGUAUAUUAUUGUAAGGUCCUUGAUAAUCGUCGUAUGAAAACAUCUUCGUACGCUUCUAAAUUCAAAAUUUUACCAUUUUCAUAUUGAAAUGUUGAUUUCUGCUUAAACCGGUGCUAGAGGACGUGGACGGUAACCAUGAACAGGCUCAAUCAAACCGAGCUCGCAACAUUUUCAAUUUCGUCGUUUUGGGCGUUCUUUAGGGAUUCUGGUUUUCAUUAUUUUACACAAUUAAGCGGGUAUUGUGGGGCACAAUCAAGUGAGUUUUUCGAAACAAAACUUUAGUCAAUCAAGCGAGAUUUUUGAAAAACAACGUUACACAAUUAAAAGGGCUUGUCGUUCCUGCAACUUUACAUGAUCGUUACACAUCAUCAGAAUAGCUCACUUAUUAAAUUUAUUCCAUUAAAUCGUGUCAAUAUUGCUUAAUUCAUCAUUUGUCGCAGAAUAUUUGUAACAUAUUACACAUUAAUUGAUUUCCUUCUUAUAGCUUCAACUUAAUUAGUUUAGUAUAGUCUUGUGCCAUGUAUUUAUAUACAUGUAGUUGUUAUAGAAACCAACCAUUUGUAUAGAAGUGAACUUAGGUUAAACUGUUCUUCUUUUUCAGGUGGCAACUUGGGAUACUUAUUGUGGUUGUAGUUUUGUCACUCAUGGCGCAUUAUUGUUUAUUUACACAUCUGUAUCGCAAUCUCCGUGUAAGUGAAUCUGAGUCAAAUCAUUUUAAUAGAACUGAUUAUAAUCAAAACUAUGAUAUUGACAGUAAUGUUGAUAAGGCGAUUAAAAGUAAAUUAGAUCAAACUGACAUUGUAAAAAGGGUACAAAAAACAUUGUCUGUUGAACUAAGUAAAAUUGAUAUUAGUGCGGAUGUAAAACUAAAAAUACAAAACGAAUUGUCUGAUGUUGAUAUUGACAAGAAAGUGAAAGAUUCACUUGAACCUGAAGUUUUAAAGAUAGUUGAAGAAACUAAAUCAACCAAAGUUGAAAUUGAAGAGUUGUUACAAUCAACUCAAGAUAAACUAGAUCAGGAACGUAAGGAACUUUAUGAACAAUUAAAGAACUAUCAGGAUAGAAUAGACAAUGCUGUAAAAGACGCUUCAAAUAUUAAGACAUUAAUUCCUAACGCAGAGGAAAUGAAUCAACUUCAGGAACAAGUUAAGGAAUUGUCUAGAAAUUAUUCUGAAAUAAUGACUAAAGAAACAGAUGAUUCAAAGAUUUGGAAAUUACAGGAGUCUGUAGAAGAGGGAGAAAUAAAGCUAGCAGUAAUAAAUGAAACGUUCUGGGAACUUCAGAAAAAUAUGACAAAGGCUCUGGAUGAAUAUGCGAAACAUAAAGACAGAAUUAAGGAAAUUAAAGAAGAGCUUGAUGUCAUACAACCGAAUACGUUUAAUAAAGGAAGUUUCACGAUGGCAUUUAUGAUUUUAACUGUUAUGGUGUGUGUGCUAGCUGUAGCCGUAUUUAAUAUAUAUCAACGUGGAAGCAGUACGGAACCUGUACAUACUAACGGACCAGUAUCAGCUAAACAAAACAGGAUAGAUAUGGGCAGCAAUGAUGUACUACGACGGAUACCACAAAGUCCAAACCUUCAGCCGGGUGUAUGUAUCAUUAGCUAUGACGAUGCACGUACAGGAUUUCACAGGGAAUUACUCGAUUCCGCGAAUAUCCCAAAAUGUGAUGUAAAAUCUCAUGUGAUUAGAAGACAUGAACAGAUUCUAGCAUUACCGAAGUGUAAGGUCUAUCUCAUGUGUACAGAAUUUUCUGAAAGACAUGUGAUUAUUGAAGAGCCUGGUUUAGGUUUGGGAGAUCUACAUAGAACUACGUAUUAUGCUGUUAAGAGACUGGGAGGUUGUCUCAUUAUAUUGUACACUAAAGAUCCGGGAUCAAGACAAUUGAGAAAUCAAGCAAAACAGGCACUUUACAACACAGAUAUUUACUGUGUGAAAAAGCAACAGGAACUUUCUGAUCUUGAACAAAGCAAUGGAUUCUAUAGUACUUAUGAUCAACUGAGUGAGCAUCAAAAAACUGUACUUAGACAGAAAAUAGUGGACAAUAUGACCUAAAUAAUACAACGAGCACAAGUUUUUAUCAAUAUGGCAAACAUUAUCAUUUUCUGUGAUCGUUAUACAUCUGAUAAUAAUCGCCUUUACAGGGUCAUGUUUCUGGUGGCGUGUAAAAAUAAAUAAGUGUCUACAAAAAUUACUCAACUGCGCUAAGAAUUAUUGUUACAACGGAGAUAUGAAAAGAAUUACAGUAAUAUAAGGAAAACUAUCACAUAAUAUUGCUUUGAAUUAUUUUUCAUAACUAUCACUAUAUAUGCAAGCAAUAUACAGAUUCUCUAAAUUUGCUUUCAUACAAUUGUAGUACGAAAUCGUAUAUUUCAUUGUUGUAGAUUUGUUCUCCAUUGAACCAAAAUGUACUUUGUGUUUUUAAUCAUAUCGAAUUUAUAGGACCAAUGAGCAAACUAUCUGAAGUUAGUGCUUCUAUAUUUUGUACGGAUAGUAUCAAAAUCUAGUGUAUGUUUAUAUAAGAGCAGUCAGUGAUCACAUGUGUCACCUGAUGUCAGCCAAUUAAGCAUUUGUAUCACGGGAUGAUUGAAAAGUUUUGAAAAGUUUCUCUUGCGCUAGUAGUUUUUGAGGAGUGGAAAAACUUUCAAAAUAAAAGUCAUUAAAGAGCCAAAACUCUGACAAAAUAAUUUAACUGUAAAUGCUGAUGAUGUGCACGACUAGAUUUGGUACUGAUACUAGUAAAGUUUGUAAAGUUUGGAUGAAAUUGCAGUGAUAGUUUGUAGAAGUACAGACAAGUGACAGACAAACAAUGGAAGCUGGUCCCUAUAUGUCACGCUACGGUGUACAUAAAAUAUUGUACAAUAUUGAUGAAUGGAACUUCUUAUACAUAGUGAGAAAUCGUUAGAUAUAAAUUCUGAUGGGACCAUAUUUUCUUCGCAGUAUUGAUCAUUACAAUGUUGCUUGUUUAAUUUUUAUGACUUUGUGAUUUGUUUUUAUGUUUAUCAUUAUGUUAUGUAGUUGAACAAUAAUUUAGUAGCAAUUUUAAAGUUUACAAUGUCAUAUUCAUGUAUGUGAUAGGGGUGAUAAAGUGAACUAUAAGUUAGGGUAGAUUUAUGCCUGAAUACAGAUUGAUAUAUUCAUUGACAUACUCGGGAAGAAUUUACUAGGCUUCAAUAAAUGUCUGCUACCCAAAGCAUAGUAUAUUUUUUAAAAGAAUUGGUGAUAACGAAAAUGUCGCAGACACCAAAUGAGCCUAGAAAUAGACAGUAGUGUCCAGACACAGCCCUCUAUAAAACAUAUCAAAUCUGAAAAAAAACUAAGGUUAAAAAUUCUUAUCAAUAUCGGCAAACCAUUAUGCAUACAUCAUCAUUUUCCGCGACCUGUAUACAUCUGAUAAGCCUCGUGAUGAAAGAGGUAUGUUUUUGGAGCGACUAUAAAUAUACGUUUAUCACAUCCUAUGAAAGAAGCAAUGACCAAUGUUAACGUAAUGCAUCUGUAUUAAAAUAUAUUAAACGGAAAAUGACGUAAACUUAUAGAAUUCGAUAUGAGAUAUUGGUGAAUGUAACAACUUAGGCAAAAUGAAAUGAAUGUUUUAUGUAAAUAAUGUAACAAUUAUUCGGAUGGAGUCAUAUUUUCUUUCGUAGAUUUAUUAUGUACACUGCUGUUUGUUUGAUUGAUAAGUGUGUGUGAUUUGUUUUGAUGUAUUUUAAUUAUUGUUUGAAGCUAAACACACGUGGCAAUGUUUACAUUUAUAUAUAUAUAUA